CCCAUGCUCUCAAGAUUUCUUGUGACUUUUUGUAAGUUGUAUAGGUCAACCAAGAAAAAAUGUUAACUGUCUUGUCUUUCUCACGCUCUCCUGUAUAAAUAUAAGAUGCUGAAUAAAGUCGUGGUCAGACCGCUUCCCUUUAUGGAGACGUGUCUGAUCCUCUCGACCCCAUCUUUUUUGUAGUAUUCUUUUGCUAUAGUAUUCUUUCUCAGCCGCGUUGUGCACGUUCUCGGGACCUGAUCAACUUUGCUGGCUGGCCCCGGCAGGUGGCGCCCGAACAGGGACUCGAGAAUCAGAGCGCAACGAUGGCUGCUGCCCGUCAGGAUUGAGGUAAGUAACGAGGAAUUCCUAAUUAUUUGAAGUAAAGGGCAGGGAACGUUAUUGUCAAGAGUAAUAAAUCAUGGAACAAGGCAAUAGCCGCCAGUUAUUUGUACAUAUGUUGAAAACUAUGUUAAAAGGCAGGGGAAUUCUUGUAAAUAAGUUACAGCUAGAGAAGUUUUUACUUUUUGUAGAAGAAGUUUGUCCUUGGUUCCCAGAGGAAGAAACAGUUAGUCUGGAAACUUGGAAGAAAGUAGGAAAACAAUUGCAGACAUAUUACUCCUUACAUGGUCCCAAUCGUGUCCCUGUGGAUGCUUUUUCUUUGUGGACCUUCAUAAGAGACUGUCUGGAUCCUGAACAUGAGGGGCAUAAGAUUCAAACGGCCCUCCAGGAUUCCACAGAACCUGAAGUUGCAGAGCCUUCUGUCCCUCCACCUGAGCUGCUUUAUGCCGUGCCUGAGGGAACAGUUUGUAAAGCUGGAAGGAAUGAUGAUGUGUUAAGCUCUGAUAAACAGGAAGAGUUAAAUGAACAAGCAGCUCAGUAACAUAGAGAGGAUAUGCCUUGGGAGAUGAUGGUUAGCAUGCAACCCCCCUUGGGAAAAGGGGAAUUAAAGUAUUCAGGGCUUUCUGAAGAACAGCUGGAGAAUUUAAUUCAGAAAAUUGUUAUAGCAGUAAAAAAGGAUGCACAGGGAGACUCCCACUCCAGCCGGCCUGUGCCUCCAGCAUAUCCUCCCUCGGUUUUUCCUGGGCUUGACCCACCUCCGCCUUUUGUAGAACCAAGUGAGAUAUUAUUAUCUCCUCUUCAACAAGCAAUUAAGCGAGCUAAUGAUGAAGGAGAACAUAUUCCCGAAAUCUAUCCAGUAUUUGAAAAUGCUCAACAGCAGAGGUAUUAUGAACCGCUGUCCUUUAAGCAACUAAAAGAGUUAAAAAUGGCUUGUGCACAAUACGGCCUGACUGCGCCAUUUACUCAGGCUAUUAUAGAGGCUUUAGGAAAUCAAAAUCUGCCACCUAAUGAUUGGAAACAGGUUGCUCAGGCUUGUCUAUCUGGAGGAGAUUAUUUACUAUGGAAAUCUGAGUUUGCUGAGCAGUGUGGGAUCACAGCCGAUAUCAAUUGGCAACAGGGACUGAACACCACUUAUGAAAUGAUGGUGGGAGAGGGGGAUUAUCGAGACACUAAUAAUCAACUCAAUUAUUUGCCUGGAGCCUACCCUCAGAUUAGUGCUGCGGCUCUACGAACAUGGAAAAAACUUCCAAAUUCUGAUAAAAAGACCGAAGAUGUAUCUAAAAUUCGCCAGGGGCCAGAUGAACCGUAUCAGGAUUUUGUUGCCUGCCUGCUUGAGGCAAUUAGUAAAAUGAUAGGGGAUGAGCAGGCGGGAAUGGUGUUGGCUAAACAGCUUGCUUAUGAGAAUGCCAAUUCGGCUUGUCAAGCUGCCCUGAGACCUUACAGGAAAAAGGGAGGCUUAUCCGAUUAUGUACAGAUUUGUGCCGAUAUCGGCCCUUUGUACGUUCAAGGCAUAACUUUGGCUGCGACAUUACAAAGAAAGACAGUCAAAGAAGUACUGUAUCAACAACAAAAGCGAGAUAAGGGAUAGAAUUUUGCAAUUUGCUCACUAUCACCAAUUUCUCUUCCCAAAAAUCGUUGUUUCUCAUCCCCUUGCCGACGCCCUAACUGUAUUUACUGUUGGCUCUUCUAAUGGAAUAGCUAGUUUGAUUGUACAGGGCAAUACCGCCACCUGGCGUACUAAUUGUAAGUCAGCUCAAGAAGUAGAACUAUUUGCUGUUUUCAGGCUCUAUUACAAAUCUCUGCUCCAUUUAAUUUAUAUUCAGACAGUCAAUAUAUCAUAAGAGCCUUAAACACUAUUGAGACUGUUCCAUUUAUUGGUACCCUGAAUUCUAUUAUCCAAACUCUUUU